AUGCACCUCCAAGCGAUAUUGACUGCUUAUGGCUUCAGAAGGAGGAAGCGGCGCUCGGUCGCUACUAGCAGUCUCCUCAGUCGACGAGGGCGAAGCGGCGACGAGAUGCGAGAGGGCAGUGCCGAUUCUGCUGGACUCGUCCAAUCCCGACUCGCUCGGCAUUCGUUCAGCUGUACGCCAAGAAGGCCAUGUUACAUCAAUAUUCUUCCAUCCGAACUACUCAUGCGCAUAUUGGAGCACAUGCCCUUCGUAGAAUUCGUUUUCACUCGGGUACAUGCCAAAGCCUCACAGCUGCCGCGUCACGACGACGAUGAGGCCGCUACAUCAAAGGACGUAGAGCCUUGGAUCCUUGCUUGCGCUGCUAUGCAAGGCGACUACGCGACCUGUCUCGCCGAAGCGCUCUUCCACAACGGAUGCGCGCGUUUCUGCGACAGCAAACCGUGGGAUUAUCUCGACCUCAUGCUCGUCUGCCGACAUUGGCGCUCGGUGAUCGAGGCAUGCCCGCGGUUCUGGAAUCGGAUCCCGAUCAACAACGAGCGAACUGUACAACGGUCUCUUGAGCUGUCGGGUGUCACGCCUUUGCAUGUCAACAUGGACGGAGGGUACAGAUGGCCGUCACAAUGGGCAGUCACUUCCGUCCUCGAUCACCUACAUCGUUUCGAAGAACUCAGUGCCAGGACCGUGGACGAUGAUGUCGCUGCGAAUAUCAUUUCUGCAUUCAACUCUCGUCCGGCACCUACGUUACGAAGCCUUUACUGGAGUACGCUAGGGCCUAGAAAGGCUCUGAUCACCCAGAGUUGGAAGGAACAACUGUUUCCCUCCCUUGAAAGCAUUAUCAUGCACGACGUAGAACUCACGUCACCCUGCCCGUUGUUUUCCUCAACUCUGACGACCCUCAUUCUUACGCGAUCGCUACCACCUUGGAACACGGCCGAAGAACUACUCCAAACAUUGAGCCGCAUGCCAAUGCUCGAAGUGCUCUUUCUUUGGGAGUUACCCGACGUGGUUGACUUCGAGGAACCCCAUUUCCAGCCGUCGUCCGCAUUGCGCUUGCCCAUCCCGCUUUUGCGCUUACAGAUCCUUAACCUCGACGGCUCGUAUCGCUACGUCCAUCGCAUCUUCCGCAACCUCCAGAUCGCGCCUACUAUCUCCGCAUUGAACCUGAACGCCUCACACAGGGCCUACGGCGUUGAGCCCGCUACCGAAGCUGCGCAAAACUACGCAUCAUUCGAAGCGUUCGCAGCAGCUGUAUCCCCUCCACCCAGUGCGAACUUCUCACAGAUUGACUGCGACGUCGAUCUCGACGAGGGAGAGAUCCAGAUCUCCAUCUCUAAUGAGGAGAAUAAGAGGUUUUACUGGAAGCAUAUGCUUGACUCUGACCGCGCUCAUCAUGCAGGAGACGUAAUCGACUUCGUAAAGGGCACAUGCGCGCCCUUCCUCUCCCGGUUUUCCUUCACGGACUUGGAAGUCAUCGUGCGUGGAGAGUUCGGCGGGGAAUUCGGACAACAUCUUACCCCGGAGGCGUGCUUCGGGUGGCUUGGACAGCUCCGCGCCGUCACCACUCUUCAGCUCACAAAAGAUGCCGCCUCGCGUAUCAUACCCUGGAUGCGUCGCUGUCUGCACGAAGCGGACGGCUUUGCCCUGCCUUUCCGUUCCCUCCAGCACAUGACGAUCUCCGCCACCAGUCUGGCCGAACACCUCGGCUUUCCGUAUUCCGAAGAUGAUCCCACCGAUAUCCUCUUCAAGCACCUCUGGCUCUAUCUUCACGAUCAGCAGCCGGGCAUCUUGCUACGUGAUGUGUCCUGCACGCAUCGCAUGCUCAAGUACAUCCACAACAUGUUGGGGCCGAGGUUUCGCACAGAAAGGGCAUCACUUAUCCAGGGUCCACAUAUCAGGAUGGAGGGAUGGCCUUACAACCAAUUAUAUAUAUCUUUCCCACCUAGCACACAUGAAACGCGAAUAGAGGCCCCUUACAAUCCAUAG